AUGGCAGCUAAUGUUACUUGGACUCGCAAUUCAGGAGGGCAUCGCCCAAACCCAUCAGAACAGCCUGCUAUCCAGCUAUUUGACAAGGUGAUGGACCCAAUGAAAUUUGGAGAGAUAUCAGUUGAUGAUCUUGUUGGUGACAAUGGCCUGAAUUUGAUGAGUGACUUCUGUACUCGCAUUGGUGAAAAUCCUCCCAUCGGUCAAAGAACAAACAAGCCCAUGGCGGCCUCCGCUGUAGACAAGUACAUCGAGGCGUUGUGCAAGCAUCUUAGGACCAAGUAUGGCCGGUCGCAACAGUUUUUAAAUUUCCCAUUGUUUCCUCCAGCGGAUGUGAAUGGACUCAAGAAGACUUUCAACGAUUUACAUGGUCGAACGCUCAUGCAGGGAACCGACGAUGAUGCCAUCCUGCGCGACUACUAUCCCAUCCCACGCCAGCAUUCCCAAAGGACGAAGAUUCUACCGGUCCAUGAUUUUUCAAAUCCACAACAACAACGACUAGCGAGGAGUGUUGAUUUGCUCCGACUAGCAACAAGACUACUAACCAGAGGACAGUUUAAGGAUUUACUGAUGGUCCUGAUCACUAACAACGCGGUUGGAAGAGGAGGAGAGUGCAAGUUUUUGAGCUAUGACAAGAUGUUUUGGGACUGCUAUUUUAACAUGCUCUUCUUUCAGUGGUUCCAGAGGAAGGAGCUCAAGACCAGUCCAUCCGCCUUCGUCCAGGACUUCGAGCAUCCAGAGUUGUGUGUCCUCUUUGGAUUUGGUCUCUACUGGUCACUUUGCAGUGGAUUGGUCCGGCCAGCGACCAUGAUGGCAUCACCUGGCACUCCAUUCUACCGCCGAUCCAAGUUUGUUUUCCAGGAAAUGCACGAAAACCAGGAUAGCCAGGUGGCUGCCUCAUUAACCACCAUUAUUCGCUCCUGUGUGCACCACCAAAUCCAAUCACACUACACGGUGAAGAGUCUCCGGGCUGGUGCCAUGUCCAUGCUUGCGUGGCUACCCACUGUCACUUAUGAAGAGUGCAUUGCGUUGGGUGGUUGGAGCACCAAAGCAAGCCGUGAUUGGUAUGUGUGGCAGUACUUGGUGGCUGUUGUUCCAGGAGCACUCGCUUUGGCUGGAUACCCCGAUCCUCGACAAUUGCCGUACGCUCCAACCUGUGAGAUCCUUUUUGCGGAUAAUGACCAAGACAAGAUUUUCCCAAGGGACAAAUUUGCUCUUUUCCAGAGAGAUCUCUUCCCAAACAGUCUGCCGGAGCUUGCACCUGGUGGCCGACUGAGGCCUUUCAUGGACAUUGUGACAGCGGUGAUGGUCAAGAACUACCGCUACAUGGAAACAAAAUAUGGAGCUGACCACCGGUAUGUGCAUCGAAUGAGAGUGGUGGUCCACUCUGCUGGAUUGGCGCAAGAUUUGGUGCAAGCAUCCACCAAGCUGCGGUACUGGUCCAAGAAAAUCCACGAUGACACGACAACAAACAACAACAGCAAUAGCGGUGUACUGCUGCGGGCCACCAUAUUCGACAAACUACAGGAAUUAUCUAGCAGUGUGGGAGAUUUAUUGCGUACCCGACAACAAGAACAGCUGAACCAUGGGCUUAUUCUUAGUGGUAUUGCCGAUUUGAAGUCCGGCCAGUCAGAUAUUGCACAGGCAGUUCGCGAUCUACAGACACAAGUGGCACAGUUAACAACGAUGGUCCAGAAUGCCAGUCUUCGAACUGCGGUACCAUCGACUCCAUCUCCACGCAGGUCUCCACGCAGACGGCAGACUCCGCAGCAACAACCUUCGCCCAUUCCACCACCACCUCCUCCACCACCACCAAGUCCACCACCGCCUCCUCCACCGCCAGAGCCACGGCAUAUACCGCUGGUCAGAGCUGGAUUGGGAUCCAACGGAGGUGGUCGCGGUGUUCGUUCCAGUGAAAGAAGAAUGAUGAACAUCCUACUGGCUCUUUACCAACAUGAUGACUUCCGAAAUCUACACACGAACGUGGAACUACGGUCACUGGCCAAUAUUGUCAAUCUACGGUUGGGUGGUGAUCGUCGCAACUUCAAGAAGGUAGAAGCAGCCCUUGAUUUGGUUGACUGCCUUUGGUCAGCCGAUACAAGAACAAAAGCAAUCAACAAGAGCUUCGACGAUGAAGCCAAAGCUACACAAGCCUUCUCUGAGGUGGACCAGCGAGUAAAGAGGACAUGUCAUGUACACGACAACCCAGGAGACAAGCAUAAACCCAAUUCGCAAAGGUCUACAGCUAUUAUUGGAGUGGGAAAUCUCAUCUUGAAGAAGGAUCGAGAGCCAUUCUUCACUGCAAUCCGCUCGCGAAUGCCAAAAUGGGGUACUAGGAUACCCCCGGUGGCUGUUGGCCAACAGACUCUGUGGGACAUUGUCACGGCGAAAGAAGAUGCCAUCAAAGCAAGAGUGCGCACCAUCGGAAGAAGAAGAUAG